AUGUUUAUAAUAUUUAUUAUUUGUUUGCUUAAGGCAGCAGAAAUUACAAAAAAUGAAUUGGAUGAAGUGAAUUACAUGCAGACUGUGGAUUGGAAACCCUACAUCCCAACUUAAGCAUUUUCUCAAGCGAUAACAAGUUAGGGGUGUGUAUUGCCUAAGGAGAGUGUUCCAUUUUUAGAUGCUACAUUUACUCCAACAAGAGUGAUACCAAGUGUUGACACCAGCAAACAAACUAUUUCAAGUACUGAUAAAACAUAUGCUGAAUUUGGAACAAUCGAUAUUAACAACAAUUUAUUAAAGUAUUAAGUUGAUUUUACUACUAAUUAUCAAAAUAAAUUAGUGUAUGGUACAUUAUACACUCAACCAUUAUCAAUGAAUUACUCUGUUUGGGUUCAUUAAAACAAUAAAACUAUUGCAUAUAAAUUGUAUGAAUGUCCGAAUAUGACAAUGGAUUUCACAAUCACUCAAGUGAAUUUGGAAGGAUUAACAGAAGUAUAGAAGAUGGAAGUCGUAAAUGCUAUGAACUCUAUCAGAUUCUUAAAUCCCAUGAUAAAUCAGUACUAUGAGGAUCAUUCUGAAAAAUUUUGUUCAAAAUUGAAAUUGUUUGUAAGUGAGAAAUUGAUAUCCAAUAAAAUCAGUUUCACCAUGUUUGAAUUUUAUUAGUUCGAUGAUCCAAACCCUAAAAUCAUAGAAUCCAUAGAGAACAUCAUAUUCUAAGGACUUAACUUCAAUGAUUAGAAUUAUGUCCUUGGAUUAAAUGUGGAAAUCUUUAACUAUUAGACCGAGUUCACAACGCCCUUGGAUGUCCAUUAGAUCAAGUUAAACACUUAUUCGUUCGGAAUCUCAAUGGAUCUCCUCAAAUCCUACUUUAACUAUGGAGCUGAGAAUGGAAUGUUUGAUGACACUAUUACUAACAAUAACUUCCCAAUUCAGGGGUUCUCUUAUAAGACUGGAGAUUUGAGAACAAUGAUUCCUUCAGCCUACUAUUCCUUCAAGUUAAACACAGAACUGAUAGUUUAAUGCAAACUUAUUACUCAUAGUUUUAUAGGGUUGACUGAUUUGGCUGUGAUAAACAAUAGCAUUUCAGUGUAAUUGGGACAUCACUGUUAGGUCAUUACUCAAGGCAUAUUGAUAACAGGUUUCGAUAUCGAUGUUGAGAUGAAAUUAGCAAUCAGAGAAUUCUCAGAAUACAUAGACUUCUUUAUUAAGGAAUAUCAUUUACUCCUUUUGAAAUUCCAAGAAGCACCUAAUUAUGGUAUUUGGAGUCUGAAGAAUUUGGAAAGUAUCAUUAAGACUGGCCUCGACUAAAAUUUGAUUGGCAAAAAUGUUUUUGGAUCUGGAUGGUUAAAAAACUAAUUGGGCCCUCAAAUUAGUUAUGGAUUUUCUAGUCAAACUCUAGCUAUUUGGAAUGCACAAUUGAUUUGA